AUGUCUGGAAAAGACGAGAUUCACUUCAAGUGCACUAUUCAAGGCCUCCACGGGGAGGACCCGCUCAGGCAAGACUUGGAUCUCACCGAGAAGAAAUCCGUGCCUCGCAGGGUAUUUGCUGCCAAGAUUCGAAGCAAGUAUGGAGUUCCGGGUGAAAUAACCCUUCACCGCUCCGUAAGAGGCAAAUCCGGGUUGGUCCCCGGCCAAGAGAUAAGAGAUGACAACUUAACCCUGGAGAGCAACGAGACUAUAUUCGUUCUGUACAAUAAGGAAGUCGUUGUUAUAGCGGGGGGCGCGGGCACCGGGUCGGAGGUGGUCUCGAGAAACAGCACACUGGCUCUGGCUGAAGGCGGUGUCGGCGAGGGCGGAAGAAUGGAUGCUCAUGGCAACGCGAUGGGAGGGAACGGCUUCGGGGGAGACGCCUACGGGCAAGACGUUGAAGGGGAAGCCGGAAAGGGUUACGGUGGCCCUGUGGUGACUUGGUGUUUAGGGAUCCCGCCACUGCGCCUCGCUCCUCCCGUAUCGUUGUCAAGAAGUGAGCUACAAGACAUGAUUUGCAAACAAGGAGAUUUCUUCGGCGCGUCUGCCAAUCCAUGUGCAGAAAUGGAACCAGCAUAUCCGUCACAAUACACGUACCUCAUGCUACUGGUUACUCGCAAAAAAGGCGACGAGACCCAUGCACCAUGUGGUCAGGAGACAGCUGCCACCACAGCCUGCAUCCAUAAUUACUCACCGGUAACAUGUUGUACCACCCGCAGACCAGCCUUACUGCACGACAAAGAAUUUCUUGCGUUCCCACUCGCGGCUGCAGCGCGUACAGAAGUGAUGCAGCGCCUCACAACCACCGGAUGUUCCUCCCGCCGCCACCAAGCUCGACGGCCACGAAAACCAGGAGACGGCAGCGUCACGGUGGAAGGCAUGGCCACCCUCCGAGCGCACAGGGAAAAGGCGUUUCAAUACCCCGGUGGCCUCGAGAAAACCCGGUACACACCUGCUCCUCUCACGGAACACAAGCUGCUUAGCAAGAGCUACGAUGGAGAAGCCCCGAAUCGCACCGUUGGAAUUGUCCUCGGCGUGGUGCUGGGUGUCUUCUUGGGUACUAUUGCGGUCCUAUGUAUCUGCCAGUGCAGCAAUACUUGGCCUCGCACCCGCACCGGGCGACGUCACCAAAGACUGAAAGUGCUCUUGUCCAACGUCACGGCUGUCUCGAAGCGGGAUGGAGAUUCCGGAGAGCCGGGCGGUACGGGGCAACCGGGCCUCACAGAAGGACCGGCCGCUUCAACAGGGAUCGCGGACGCGUCCCCGCCAAGCAGCGAAAAGCACGCGGGCGGCAUGGGCAGCCCUGCAAUUAGAAGAGAUGAUCCCAUCUGUACUAGUAGUGCUCAUUGCGCAAAUGAUCGAGGCUCAGUACAAGGAGGCAAGGGCAUCGGCGGGUCUGCGGCAGGCGGGCCCGGCGGUCCGGGAGGCCAUGGCGGCGACGGCGGCACAGGAGGUUGCGGGGGACAUGGCGGCGAUGGAAUGGCUGAUGCCGAAGCCAAUGCCUCCGUGUCGGUUUGCGCUCUCACGAACCUGACACAUCCGCACGACUAG